AUGAAGUUCUCCGGCGGAGACGCCGAGAUCCUGGGCGGUGGCGACACGCUGCUGCUGUCCGCGUGCGGCUGGGCUGGUGGGGCCGCGCCCGUCGUCGACCACUUCCUGCUCGACAACAAGCUGGACGCGGCGGCGGCGGGGGCGGGCUCCGAUCACGACGACUCGUCCGCCAAGGCGACCAUGGACGCCCUCGACAGCCUGCUGCAGGCGUCGCCGCCCUCGUCUGCCGGGGGCCAGCCGGGGGGCGCCACGUCCCCCGGCAGCUUCGCGGAGCUCAAGCCCCUGCCUCCCUUCACCGGUUACACGGGACACCUCAGCAUCAACGGCAUCUCGGGACACCACUUCCACGCGAUAGCUGCCGGGCCCUCCUCUCCCCAGAGCCCGCAGCUCCCCGAGGCGAACAACAACAACGCGCACGCCACCAACCACAACACGGCGACUAGUUUCAAGCACAGUUCCGGAGUGACGGGUGCGACGCUGUACUACACCGUGAGUACGACGGCCGACCAACCGGUCGUCUCAUCCUCGACGGCGUCCGUCGGGGGUGUGGUCAACAUCAAGGAGGAAUUCAUCGACUACUCGAGCCUGAUGGGUGGCCCGGAUAUCGAAGACAUCGCGGCGCUGAUCGGCUCUGCCAUCGCGGACACGACGGUGCCCAGUACCGUGGCGGAAGGGCUGGCCGCCACCCCCGACGACACUGCCGGCUCGCGGGAGAGCUGGAUGGAGUUCGACGCGUGGAUCGACACCGCCUGCUCCGGAGAAGCCAAGCCCGUCAUCUCGGCCGAGUCGCUGCAGGAGUUUGUGCAGCAACAGCAGCAGCAACAGUCGCAGUUCGAAGGCAGCUCGGCGUUGCAGAGCCUGCUGAGCUGCCAGUACCAGUCGUCGGCGGCCAUGCUGCAGCACAUGCUCAAGAGGGACACGUCAGCUGCGGCCGCCUCUGUCGGUUACCAUAUGCCGCUCCUACAGAAUCGGUUGCAGAAUGGACCACCCAACGGCAGCGUCAAGGCGGAGACGUACCUGGAAGCGCCGUCGUCCAGCACCCAGUACCUGGCGCACACUACCACGGGCAGCCCGCCUGGCGUGGUGUCCACCACGGACACGGCACUGCUCAUCAACGGCAGCAGGUACGGUGGGGGCGGCGCAAUGGGGGUGGCGCGGCCCGCGCCGGGCCCGGGCUCCGCGUCGGCGGCGGCUGCGGCGGCGACGGCGCCGUCGCCCGACCUGCUGGUCAACGGCGGCAGCCUCGACAGCCUGGCGGGCGCCGUCUUCCCGCACACCACCACCGCCACCACGACGACGCCGGCGCCCUCCAAGAGCAAGAGCCGCAACCGGUCGCGCAGCAAGCAGCAGUGCGGCGUGGGCGCGCCCGGCGCCGCCGCCGCCGCCGGCGUCGUCUACUCGGGCGACCCCGCGGCCGCCGCCGUGCUCGGCAAGGAGAAACCCGUUCACCGCUGCAGCAUCUGCAACCGCGGCUUCCUCAACAAGUCCAACAUCAAGGUGCACCUGCGGACGCACACGGGCGAGAAGCCCUUCAGGUGCGACGUCUGCGGCAAGGCGUUCCGCCAGAAGGCGCACCUCAUCAAGCACCAGCAGAUCCACAAGCGCGUCGGCCGCGAUUGA